AGCACGCCACCAUCCCUUAUUGGGUGACAUCUGAAAGCUCUAGUCCUGAUGGGCACUAGAGCAAGCGAGAUACAACCCAUACCCAAAUCACAGUGUGGGCAACGGGUGAGCUGAGACUUGAGUGUAGCUUACCCCGUCCACCAUUUAAUAAAAAAUAUAUCGGGUAUUUGUACUUUUCCAUCCAAUGGAUGCAGCAGUGAUGAAUCCCCAGAUAAUGACGGAUGUCAACGGCAACAGCAAUGCCGCGAACGCCGAACUGGAGGUGAAAAAGCUCCAAGAGCUGGUUCGGAAAUUGGAGCGGCAAAAUGAGCAAUUGAGGACGCGGGCGAACGGCUGCACUGGAAACCCCCACAUUCUACCUCCCUCCCCGGCCUACAUGGCCGGGAGCUACUGCAUACCGAGCCCGUUACCGACGCUACUGUGCCAGUCUUCCUUGGAGUCAUUUUUCCCGUUGGACGAACCGUUCGAAUAUUUACAUUCGCAUUAUGUUGAUACUGCUCUCGAGACGGAGGCUGACUAUAUGGAACGUACGGUUCUGGAUGAGGUGGACAUUCUGGACCUAGAUGCUCUAUUCUCUAUUGAAGACUCUGAAGCUACCUGGCUGUAUGUGUCAGCCAAGGCCCGGCUGUGGGGGCAGAGCCCUGUUACCCCCCUCCAGUGGAGCAGACAGGUCCUGGACAGCCCCAGAACAGAGGUGGAGUCGGCCCGCUCACUGUGCCUCAGGUUGGACCAAGUCCAUAGGUGGCGGGGGUUCUUCUCCAGCCACUCUUCCCCUGCCCUCCCCCUGAGACGUGUAGCUGGAGUCCCCCUCAGUGCCUCGUUCUCCAGGUCCUGCCCCACACCUCCGCCCGCUGACAGACCUGCCUCAUUCUCCUCACCCCUCCAUCCUCUCCUCCACCUGUCCCUGACUCCUGUAGGGAAGGCUGAGAGAAUUCCCACAUUCCUCCCAGCCAAUCGCAGCCGCAGCCUCCGGCGGUUCCUCCUCAGCCCCCAGUCUUCCAUGGACAGUGAGCUCAGUGCCUCAGAGCUGGAGGAUGACUCCAUCACGCAGGGAUACAAACUGCAGGACCUUGUUGACGUCCAGGUCAUGGCUCGUCUGCAGGAGGACAGUCUUCGUCAGGACUACGCCACCACCCCCACCUCGAUCAGCCGCCGCAGCGCCAGCUUCUCCUUCCUCUCCCUUCAGCACAACGGCGAGGCUGACCUGGAGGAGGAAGAGGAUGAGGAAGAGUACGGGCAGCUACCUCCUCCCCAGCCCCGUCUGACCCGUGUGGGAGCCACCCUGCAACGCGGCCUCUCCCACUCCCACACCUUCUCCAGCAUACGGGACUGGAGGAGGAGCACAACCAGCCUCUCCAGCCCCUCCAGCCCUCAGUACCCCAAUGGAGGAUUCUCCUAUCAGCCCCCACCCCCACCUCAGGCCCUGGCCAGCCCCACACUCAGUACCUACACACCCGAACAACAGGGCUUCAGGCCUGGAUCAGAUAAGCUGCGGAGGAGCAUGCCCAACCUGUUCAGGGCUCCCAGUGUGCCUAGUCCACUGAGCCCAGCCAAUCACAUCGGCUCUCCUUCCACCCUUCGGAACAGUCUGAGCUUUGACUCGUCCAAUGGGUUGGCCAGCAGGCUACAGUCCUCCAUCCCUUCACCCGGUCAAUUGCAGAACAGAGUCCAGAGUGUGGGGAACUUCCAGUCGUUGUCACGGCAACCCCUCAAAGCCACAGCCUACGUCAGCCCCACUGUGAAAGGGCCAGUUACCAUGCCGACCUCCACCAGUCUGCAGUCCCUGAGCGGCAUCCCCCUCCCCAGUAAACCAGCCGUGGGGGUUGGGGGCACUCCUACGCCCGCCCGGAGCAGUCUGCCCCGCCCCGCCUCCUUUAUUGGGACCAGCUCCACACAUCGAAGCAAGAUCGCCCAACCCACACGCAGUUUAUUGACGCCUCCUAAGAGCUUGUCCAGCCUGAGUGCCCUACGAGACGGGAGCUGGAGAGAUGGCUGCUACUGAGAGAGGGAUGAAUGGAGAGAUGAGAUUCAGAGAAGAAGAGCUGGCAAUGUAGAUAGACCCUGCUGGUUGGGGUCACUCACUGCCACACAAAGUCUUCUUGGGGAAUUGAGAAGGCAGGUCAACCAAACUAUAGGGAAUAACAACCUUGUGUAGAACGCCCUCAUGAUUGGGUAUGUGAGGUGUGGUCAACACUCAAAGUCAAACAUGCAUUCUCCACCUGUCCAAUUUGGUCUGUGCCAAGGGGAAUCCCUCUGUUGAUAUUUUUAUGCACUAACAAGUUUUAACCACUAUGGUUACAUUAACAUACAGUGCCUUGCGAAAGUAUUCGGCCCCCUUGAACUUUGCAACCUUUUGCCACAUUUCAGGCUUCAAACAUAACGAUAUACAACUGUAUUUUUUGUGAAGAAUCAACAACAAGUGGGACACAAUCAUGAAGUGGAACAACAUUUAUUGGAUAUUUCAAACUUUUUUAACAAAUCAAAAACUGAAAAAUUGGGCGUGCAAAAUUAUUCAGCCCCUUUACUUUCAGUGCAGCAAACUCUCUCCAGAAGUUCAGUGAGGAUCUCUGAAUGAUCCAAUAUUGACCUAAAUGACUAAUGAUGAUAAAUACAAUCCACCUGUGUGUAAUCAAGUCUCCGUAUAAAUGCACCUGCACUGUGAUAGUCUCAGAGGUCCGUUAAAAGCGCAGAGAGCAUCAUGAAGAACAAGGAACACACCAGGCAGGUCCGAGAUACUGUUGUGAAGAAGUUUAAAGCCGGAUUUGGAUACAAAAAGAUUUCCCAAGCUUUAAACAUCCCAAGGAGCAGUGUGCAAGCGAUAAUAUUGAAAUGGAAGGAGUAUCAGACCACUGCAAAUCUACCAAGACCUGGCCAUCCCUCUAAACUUUCAGCUCAUACAAGGAGAAGACUGAUCAGAGAUGCAGCCAAGAGGCCCAUGAUCACUCUGGAUGAACUGCAGAGAUCUACAGCUGAGGUGGGAUACUCUGUUCAUAGGACAACAAUCAGUCGUAUAUUGCACAAAUCUGGCCUUUAUGGAAGAGUGGCAAGAAGAAAGCCAUUUCUUAAAGAUAUCCAUAAAAAGUGUUGUUUAAAGUUUGCCACAAGCCACCUGGGAGACACACCAAACAUGUGGAAGAAGGUGCUCUGGUCAGAUGAAACCAAAAUUGAACUUUUUGGCAACAAUGCAAAACGUUAUGUUUGGCGUAAAAGCAACACAGCUCAUCACCCUG